UAAAUCACGCUGAUUGCGUAAGUCAAAGUUUGCGAACACACUUCACUCUAAGAAUGCUUCAUAUCCUAUCUUGUCAAAUACACUAAGAAUUUAUCAGAGUAUUAUACGAGUGUGUGGAGUCAACAGGUAUCUCCUUUCGAUUAUUCAAAAUGGAUCUUCUUCAAAUGACAUUAGUGUUUUCUUGCUUACUGAUUCCCGUGAUCGGACUCGACGAGGAACCCGAGUUCGUUUACCCCGAUCGAUUCAACGACCCUGAGAGAGAUGCUUUCCUCUACGGAACCUUCCCUGAAGGUUUCAUCUGGAGUUCAGCGACGUCAUCAUAUCAGAUCGAAGGAGCUUGGAAUGAAGAUGGAAAAGGAGAGAGUAUUUGGGAUAGAUUCUCCCAAGAGGGAGGUAAUGUUGAGAACAAUGAUACUGGAGAUGUUGCUUGUGACAGUUACCACAAGUAUAAAGAAGAUGUUGCUUUGAUGAAGGCGAUGGGUCUUAAGUAUUAUCGCUUCUCAAUCUCUUGGCCUCGAGUUCUCCCUGACGGUACUCUCAACAAUGUCAACGAAGCCGGCAUCGCUUACUACAACAACCUGAUCGAUGAACUCCGACUCAACGACAUCACACCCAUGGUCACUCUCUAUCACUGGGAUCUACCUCAAGCAUUACAGGACGUAGGGGGCUGGGCUAAUGAAACCAUCAUUGAUCACUACAAUGACUACGCUGAACUGUGUUAUCAAAGGUUUGGUAGUCGUGUUCCCUUCUGGAUUACAUUCAAUGAGCCAUGGAUUGUCACUCUACUAGGCCAUGGUGUGGGAUACUUUGCUCCUGGUAUAUCUGAAGAUGGGACUACUAUCUAUGUAGUAGCUCAUAAUAUUAUCAAAUCACACGCUCGAGCAUGGCAUACAUACAAUGAUACCUACAGACAACUACAGAACGGCCAAGUUGGGAUCACUAUGAACUCAGAUCACGUAGAGCCAUACGAUUCAACCAACCAAGAUCAUAUUGACGCAGCUGAUCGAUGUCUACAGUUUCACUUCGGUUGGUGGGCUAACCCAAUCUUCAAGAAUGGUGAUUAUCCUGAGGUUAUGAAGACUUCUAUAGCGAGUAAGAGUGCUGCUCAAGGCUUCACUAAGUCUAGACUUCCUGAAUUCACCGAAGAAGAGAAGGAAUAUAAUAGAGGUACGGCUGAUUUCUUUGGUCUGAACCAGUACACUACCCUCUAUGCUAAUAACACACCGGAUGAUGAGAGCAAUCCCCCUGGUUACCUCAAGGAUCGUAAUGUUCUGACCUUCGUAGAUGAAGAUUGGGAGACAGCAGGUUCAUCUUGGUUAAAGAUUGUACCAUGGGGGAUUAGAAACAUACUCAAAUGGAUUGAUUCACAGUAUCACGUGCCCAUCUACGUCACAGAAAAUGGCGUAUCCACACAUGAUGUAUACGAGCUUGAUGACGUCAUCAGACAGAAGUACUACAGGGCCUACAUCAAUGAGGUCCUUAAAGCAAUCAAACUAGACGGUGUUGACGUCAGAGGUUAUACUGCGUGGUCACUCUUGGACAACUUUGAAUGGGCCUCUGGGUACAGUGAGCGGUUCGGAAUGCAUUACGUCGACUUCAAUGAUCCCGAGCGACCACGAACAGCUAAGGAAUCUGUGAAUGUCUACUCUAAGAUUAUAGCUGACAACGGGUUCAUCAAAGAGGUCUCAACUACUCCUGCAACUCAAUACACUACUGCAAGUGCGCCAUCUAUCAAUAUUUUGAGUCAUAUAACAUGUAUUUGUUUCUGCAUUCUCUCAAACGUCUGGACGCAAUAAAGCUGUUAUCAGUGUUUAUAAUUAUGGUAAAUGUGUUUUAAAUUCAUUUAAAUCACUUGAUAUAAUUGACAUUUUACGUUUCAUACUCAUAGAAAUGAGUUAGGAUUCUAUUACAUGGCUUUUAAUUGAAGUUUCCAAUCGUUCGACAGCAUAUACCUUCAAAUUAUAAAGACCUGAAUUUGAAAAUUUAGCUGACAUUGGUUAUCUACCGUAUCUGUACUACAAGUUGUAUUAUGCAUCAGUUUGUGACUAAUAAUGGAAAUUUAAACAAAACAAACAACCGCUUGUAUUUUUUCUUGAAGAGGAUAGUUAUCGGACAUAAUAAUGUGUUACAUUAGAUAUUGCAAAUUCGUACCCUUUCGAUUGAAACUUGUUGCUUUCAACUUGUUCGUGGUUGGAAAAAAUAAAUGUUGAAAGAUAUAGAUAAAAGGACCUCAUCAUUAAUUCUAUAUUCUAUUAUUGCUUCAUCAUUAAUCAUUAAAAUUCAAAGUCCAAAUAUCACAUCAAACCUUGGUGAUUUCUUAGUUUACAUUUUCUUAAAACUUUAGCAUCCAUACUGGUUUUUAUUUGGAUCGUAAAAAUCUACUAGUCUUUCUGAAACUCUGACUGAACAACAGGGGAAAUGAAAAGAGACAUGAGAGAUAGUGAAUCCUGGAAUAGACGAAGGGGAGCGAAGGGGAGUAAGAGAGAGUGAGAGAGAGAGAGAGAGAGAGAGAGAGAGAGAGAGAGAUGGGGAGAGAGAAGAAUAGAGGAGAAAAAUGCAAGCAUUUUCUAGUCUGUAAAAUUCAAUAUAAUAAACGAUGAUAGCCAGGUAUCUAUUUGUCAUAUAAGAACGGCCCGACAACCCACAUUGGAGCAUACAAAAGGUCUUUUAGAUUUAUGCCUAAUGAAAGCAUCCCAACGUAUUUAAAGAAAUCAAAAGAAUUUCUAGUAGUGAAAAGUAGCUGGUCUGCAUUCUCGAGAAGAAUCACCAAGUGGUCAACGUUAACACAUGGGCUGGGUCAUGGAGCCCCAUUCAGUUAUUUUUUAUUUGUUUAUUUAUCUUUCAAUUCCGAAAGGGUACCUAUUGAUAUCAGGUAUAUUUGAUGCUCUGUUUAAGGUAGAAUCAAGACUGCCGAGUCACGAACUAUCUACUACUUCUUGUCCAAAAAUUGUUGGUGUCUAAGGAGCAUUCAUCUUUUUUUCUCUCUCUCCCUCUCUAUUUUGUUUCGGGGGGAGGGGGCUUCUGCACCCCUCCCCCCCCCCGGAUAGGCUAUUAUAAGAAGAGUUGUAAUUGUUUCCGUUUUAAUAAGUGGACAUAAAAUGACUUCUAUUAGUGAAGGCAUAUAUUUUCAUCUAUUUUUAAAAAACUUGCAAAAUGGCAUUCUUACGUGUCGCUUUCUCGAUUAUGAUAAUGUAUCAGUGAUGCAAUUUAGGUAUCAUUGGAAAGGUGAAGAGUUUAAAUUCAUUUAAUCCAGGAAUACAAACCCUCACGCAAUAUACGGUCAUCUCCACAAAAAUAUUAAACGUCCUGUCUACUUCGGUGUCAACUCUUUCUUAUGGUCAUCGCUCUUUCUGCAAAGCUUCUGCUGAACUU